UUAUGAUACUAUCUUAUGUCACAGCAAGAUCUGCUUGGAGAUUACGGUUUUUGUACAGCAAUGUGAUUGCCCUUAUCACUCAGUAUCUUUACUUAACCGUGUUAGCACUGUAUUUCUCUAGUAUUUCUCAUUAUGAGCAUAAGCCUUGCGAGUAGAUUUCCGCAUUAUUUAUGGCAACACGUGUCCCCUAUGCUUUGGCUACAGCUGUUACAAACACUACAAUGACGUGUCAUUAGUAAUAUAACGGUCACCGCGGGUGAAAAAUGUACCAGAAAAAGAGAAUUUUGUAGCUAGCCGGUCAUGGAAGGUAAAGUUAAAAUUUUGCUCUUGCGUGUUUUACUGUGUUUUGUAGUUAUUUCUCUGUGCAAUGUAAUGGGACAACGGAUGAAGAAAACUCCGCCUGGCUUUGUAAGAGUCGUGAACGUUACCGAAGGUGUAAACAUCACCAGGUUUGACCAAAUGGUUGAGAUAAAAGACGGGAAGUACUGGGUGGGCACGGACGAUGAGAAGGCACCAGAGGAGGAGAAGCCUCGCCGGAAAACACAUCUCAAGGCUUUCCGUGUAGACCUGUAUCCCGUCACUAACGAACAGUUCCUAAAAUUCAUCAGGUCCAAAGGAAAACGUUUCCAGACGGACUCAGAAAAGAUCGGGUGGAGCCACGUGUUUCAGGAUCUUGUGUCCGAAGAAGUCAAGCAGAAUUUUACAGUGGAAAACGUUACACAGCUCGCUCCUUGGAUGGUACCCAUACGUUAUGCCAUGUGGAGUCAGCCAGCAGGACCCAGGUCAAACAUCAUGGACAAGUUACAACACCCGGUUGUGCACGUACGCUGGACCGAUGCGGCAGCGUACUGCUACUGGGCGGGGAAGCGCCUCCCCACCGAGGAGGAGUGGGAGGUGGCGGCGAAGGGCGGGCUGGACGGGAGGAAACUCCCCUGGGGAGGGCGCUACUCCCCGGAAAGGCUCAACAUAUGGCAGGGCUCGUUCCCAGACAACAACACCCUUGAAGAUGGUCACUUCUCUACGUCAUCAGUACUGUCGUUUCCAGAGCAGAACGAUUACGGUAUGUACGACGUAGUGGGGAACGUGUGGGAAUGGACAAGCUCCCAGUUCAUCCCACCGGGCAUGCGCAGAGAGGAGGUCGAGAACAAGGAGUAUGUGGUCAGGGGAGGGUCUUGGCUGGACUCUAAAGACGGUUCAUUCAACAACAGGGUUCAUGUCACUACCAGGAAAGGACAAGCAGCUGACGUCGGUUGCGACCACGUUGGUUUCCGCUGCGCCCAGUCGGUGGUGCCGACAUCUAGCGACAAGGUGCGGUACGUCAGCAAGGCCAACCUGACCAAACAGGCUAAGAGGCCAAAGGUCAGGCAUCUGAAGGACCAGAAGAAGAAGAAGAGGCCCCCGCCUCCGCCCCCUACCCCUGCACCACGGAGGACCAACACCCCCCGGCCGAGGGGAAAACCGAGGAAGAGCAGGAGGGGGAUGACAAACGACGAAUUGUAGACCUGUACUGGGUCAGACAUGACUUUGUUUAGUUACGUUUGAGCCUACAUCUGUUAGCAGCGACACAUAGCUGCAGUGCAUAAUAGAACCAAUCAGAAUUACCCUGAGCAAGGUCGGUCUUGAAAUAAACACUUGGUUGUGUACAAGGGACUUUGUUAUCCAUUCGGAAGUCGAACUAUCAUUCCAGCUUAACAUUCAACAUAUCGAAGAAGUUCUUCAAAGUUUUAUAAGUGAAAGUAAGAGGACGGUAAAUUAAAGACAUUGGUUUGGAAACGUGACGAAAGCAUUACUAGUAGUUGAAAAAUGUAUUUAUCAAGUACUGAUAUAAUUGAAACAAUAAAUAACAGAGAACAGAGUGAUUGUACCAGAAUACACUCAAAAACAAACUAUACUAAGUAGACCAUUGUUGCUCCUCUGGAGGUGCGGUAGUUGCUGCGUUCCUUCCGCACUUUCCAAUAUGUGCAAAUCAUAACAUACUGUUUAGACAGCGACAUAUAGAUAUUAAAUAAAGAAGCAACAAUAAAUUCAUUUACGCCA